AUAUGGCGACUGUCAAGUUGUGGUCCAUCCUGAAAGUCUUCCUUGCACAAUGUUUAGCUUUCACAACUCUCUCCAUGCAUGUUCAUGAGUUUGAAAUGAAACAGCAGGAUUUUACAAACCUCCUUGAGCCACAGAUUGCCAUCAGAAGCAGACGAGACCUAGCAGAUCAGAGAUGCCAGUCACAGGAGAAGAACUUCUUGAAGGAUGUCAACUCGGGAAAUGUGAAACUCGAGCAGAAGCAUGCUUUUCAAAAUGAGUCAUACUACAGCAUGGCUCUGGCCUGGUGCGGAAAUAAUGGGGAUCUGAUAGUUGUGAUUACACAGGAGAGCUUUGGGACUGUGAUGCCAUCUAAAGUUUACAAAAGCACAGACUUUGGAGCUCAUUUUACGCCAGUGAAACUAAACAAACAACCAAAAAUUUACAAACAUAAUGGUGUCCAUAGAAACCCUCACAAUACAAAGAAGAUCUACCUAGUAGAUGCGGGUGAUCCAACUGGGUCACACCUUUUCAUCACAGAAGAUGGAGGUAACAGUUUUUAUGAGUCACCUCUUCCUUUCCAACUGACGGGGGAAAUCUUGUUCCAUCCAAACAAGGCACAUGAAGAUUAUCUACUAGCCUCGUCAGCUCUUCUGUCAACGAAGAUUAAAAGUGGUAAUAAGAAUUUGAUGACAUUGUACGCCAGUUUUGAUAAUGGUAGAACUUGGAGAAUGGUAGACACUUAUGUACAGACCUAUAAAUGGGGAAGUUUAGAUGAUGACCCCAGAACAAUCUAUGCAACAGUUGAUCCUCAAAAGACUCAUCCAUUCUUAGCUACAUUUGUUGCUAUACGGUAUAUUCUACACCGGUACCCUGAUGGGACGGCAAGCAGUAAAACUAAAAUCCUAGAGAAUGUCUUUUCAUUUGGACAUCAGGAAAAAUUUCUCUAUGCCUCAAUCUAUUCACCACAAGUAAGAGGGAACCGAUUGAUAAAAAUAUCAACCAAUCAAGGCAAAACUUGGCAUACAGCUCAGCUUCCAACCAUUACAGGAGACAGGUUUUUCUCUGUGCUGGACAUGAAUGAAAAGCUGGUGUUUAUGCAUGUGGACAACCCAGGAGAUACAGGACACGGGACACUAUAUACAUCAGGAGCCCUGGGUGUUGUUUACUCCGAGUCCCUGCCUAAACAUCUGUACCCUAACUAUGGAGAUGUAACUGACUUCUAUCGUGUGGAAUCUAUGCGGGGGGUUUACAUCACCAGUCAGAUUAACGAGGAUAACAGUAUACACAGCAUGAUCAGUUAUAACCGCGGGGCCACAUGGCAAAAACUGCCCCGGCCAAACAAUGCCCCAUGUAAGGAUGAAAAAAAGCCAUGCCACCUACAGAUACACGGGACGUACAGCAUUCAGAGGGGGGUAAUUGCUAGUCCCCCACUAAGCACAAAGGCAGCUCCAGGAAUAGUUCUUGUUCACGGUCAUGUAGCAGAUGCCCUACAAACAACACACCCUGAUGUGUACGUAACCAGUGAUGGAGGUUACACCUGGGCCAAGGCAUUGGAUGGUCCCCAUCAAUAUCAGAUAGCUGACAGUGGGGGGUUACUGGUGGCCGUCUCGGUUGACAGUCCACAACCAACGACAAUCAAGUUCUCAGUGGACGAGGGCCAGUGCUGGCAUGAAUAUAAAUUUGUACAAAAUAAAGAUGAGGAGAUCGUAAUGACGGGACUCCUGACUGAGCCAGGGAACCAGGCAUUAUCUGUGGGGGUGUGGGGGUACCACCCAAAGAAUAAGACAUGGACAGCAUUUAUCAUUGACUUCUCCAAGGUCAUCAAAACUCAGUGCGGAUCAGAUGACUAUGAAAAAUGGAUCCCACACGUUAAACUGAGAGCGAAUGAGGAAGCUGGUGUAAAAGGCUGUCUGCUUGGGAUGAGGGAAGAAUUCAAAAGGAUAAGAAAGGACAGUUGGUGCCACAAUGGGUAUAAUUAUACAAUAGAGAAGAAGGCAACAAAGUGUGUGUGUACUCGUGAGGAUUAUGAAUGUGAUUAUGGAUACCUCAGGGAUACAGGCUCAGACAUCUGUAAAAAGGACCAAUUAUUUGUAAAACCGGAGAUUGACAUUUGUCUGAGGGGCCAUGAAGAAAAAAUUAUCACUGAGGGGUACAGGAAAAUCCCCGGAGACGUAUGUGUGGGAGGAUUUUUGCCAUCCGGGCGACAGAUAGAUUUGUCUGUCCAAUGCUCGGAGAAUUCAAAAGAACUGGUACUGGAGGAAAUAACCUAUAAGAAGCAGACUGGAGGUCACAAUAGCAGUGUGAUAGCGGUGGUGGUGAUCAUGGUAGUGUUGUUGUUGGUCAUCAUGAGUGUGUUCUUAGUCCAUAAAUACAUAAUACUCAGGCGACAUCGUGUGGUGUACAGAUAUUCUCUGCUGAAUCAGAACGAUGCUGAACAGUAUGAUAACGAGUUUGAGACAGCAAUAUCUACCACAUCUGCCACGGUCUACCACGACUCGGAUGAUGAUGAGGAGCUGAAUUCACCUGCUGUCAAAAAAGAUAAAAAUAUGUAUGGAAGUACCGCAGGCAGCCGGACCAGUUCAAAUCAUACACGAGUUAAAUCGUAUCAUGAUGAUUCAGAUGUAGAUAUGUUGGAAUGAAUGCAAUGAAAAGUUGAUUCCACUCAGACAUUCCUUUUCUACAACAACUGCUGUUUUUUUUUUCUUGAUGUGUUUUUUUAACAAGUGUAUUUCACAUGUGAUAUGGCAGAUCCUGUAAAAGUUUGAAGGAUUAGAAAAAGAAUUGUUUUAAAGUUUUUUUUUAUCUAAUUAUUCAAAACUAAUAAUAGCUGCCAUUGUGAGAAAAGGGAGGACUCAACCGAAAGAAAAAUAUUUCUCAUCUUCAAAUAAUACUGUCAUGAUGCAGCUAUAGGUCAAGGACUCGUAACUGAAAGGAUGAAAUCUCCUAAAAAAAAGACUGACUUGUUUUUCCCUAAGUGUUCAGAGAAGCGUUUUCUGUCCCAGCACUUUACAUCAUACCUAUUUGUUCUCAAUCCUGCUCAAGAAUCACCCUGGAUUAAGAUGACUUCCAAUAACCAUUAUUAAAAUCAGAGUUUUGUUGUGUACAUCUCAGACAAGCACGUCUGUAAUGUUAAUGCUUACAGUGCAGUGAACAAGAAUGGAUUGUUAUACAGUACAUGUAGAGGAAUGUCUGUAUAUCUUGUUAAGAAUUGGUGUGAUGAAAUUUUUGUUAUUCCUUUAUUUUCAUCAGGUUUUGUGGGUGUAUAAAGUUAUUCUUUAUUUAUAGUUUAGGUGUUUGUAGAUUAUUUAUAGAUAAUUCUAAUAUUUACAUGUGAUAUGGUUUCUAACUGGUUGUUUUGUGUAUUUCUUUUAAUUUUCUUAUUUUGGGGGUUAGAGAGAAAGAAUCCGAGUUGGACUAUUUCAUACUGUUAAGAUCAUUAUAACUAGCAAAUUCCUUGAAUGUAAAUUUUGGGGACAUGGAUUAGUGUUGAAGAAAUUAUCUUCAGAUUUUUUCAGGCAGAAGUAUUUCUGUACUUUUAAUUGUAGAUAAAUAUGUAUAUUACUACAAAUUGUUAGGAACCAAUUAGUUUACAGAAAGGAACUGCAGUUUGGGGUCUGUUUUCUUUUUUCAGUAUUUGAACUUGAGCAAUAACUAUGUCCCAUUCAUGUAAUGAGUUGAUAUUGAUUCCGUGUAUUUAAUACAGAACCUGACACAAAGAUGGUUACAGUACAUGUAUGAUUGAAGUGAGUGUUAUACAUACUUUCCUUUGGAUCUCAUUCUUGACACAUCUAGCUUUGAUUUUUUAACAUUUCUGACUGUGACCUAUAUUAAUGUUCUUGUUAAGUAAAAAUCUCUGUUGACCUGAUGAACAUCCAGGUUCUAACAAUCAUAUUAGGAACUUCUUAGUAUGUUUGUUCUUUGUACAUGUUUGUAAGCAACUCUAUAUAUAUAUUUACUGAGCUUUUUAACUCAUGUUUGGACAGCUUCUACAUGUAUAUCUGAGCCUCAUUCAUGUUUGGAAGACCCCUACAUAGUAUGACAUAAAUUUUUGCUACUUAUUAGUAAGAUUAACAAGAGAUGGUCUUAAUCUAGUACUAAGAUUAAUAGCUGUAGAGAUAAACUUGUUUGUUUGUUUGCACAGUGCUGUUGAGAUCUGUUGAUUGACAGAUUAAAAUGUUCACACAGUAGAAGAUUAGAGGGGGAGCAGCUUAGUGGGGGAAAUUAUACGAUGCAUAAUUUAUUUGAAAAAAAAUGAAUUCAAAGUAAAAUAUCUUUCUAGAUAGUGUGUGUGUGUAUGAAAUAGCAAUGAGUAUGGUAUAUAUGUUAUGCACAUUUGAUAAUAUUUAUAAAUGAUUUAGAAGCAUUUAUAUUUCCUGAGUUUUGAAAGUUUUAUCACAAUCAACAAUAUAAUUUUUUAAAAAAAUCUGACUCAGUGACUGAUCAUUCCAUACAUUUUGUUUACAAUAAUUUUUUAAUGUACUUUUAGCUUUACUGUGGCACCAAAUUAGAUUUUCACAGAGAGAAUGUUUGGGUAAAAAGAAUCGUGUUUUGAAUGGGAAAAAAUGGGUUAUAAUUUUGUUUUUUGGUGUGUUUUUUCCCCUCUUUUUUGAAGAUUGUGUAUUUGAAGUAAUGGUGUUUUGGAGUGAUAGUUGUAUGUAAUUUCUAUAUUGAUAUUAAGAUGUGUAUUAGUUUGUAAAGUAUCACUCUACAGAAAUCCAGGCUGUGGGUCUUGGUUCAGUUUAACAUUAAGAGACAGGAUAGCCAACUGUCUACUGUUAGAUUUCUAUGCUAACCGAGAUUCCUUGUUUCAAAUGAUCAAGGUUUGCUUGUUAUCUUUUCAAUAAUAAAUAUUUAUUACUGCAAA